AUGAGCGCGAGCUCCAGCGGAAGAUCUCCGACCCUCAGCAAGCUCGAGUCGGCCCAGGAUCUCCUCGAACGGGCACAGAAAUGUGAGCAAGGCCAGAAUUUAGAAAGAGCUUUUGUGCUCUAUGUCGAAGCCGGUCGAGCCUUGUUGGCCUGCAGCGAUCUACCGGGCGCAGACUCUACAGCCCUUCGUCAAUCUGCACAACGCUGCAUAGGUCGGGCGCAGAAAAUCAAAGCAAUUCGGCCCGAAGUGCGAGCAGAAUGGUCCUCAAGGCUCCGAGAGGACGAGCAGGCACGGAUCCUUAAAGGUUCUAGGCAAUACGGCGAGCAUGUCUUGCCAAUUUGGUCGGACCAACGCACGAAUGACGCCUUGCCGUCACCCCAACUGUCGGCCAGACAUUUAGAGCGUCAGGCGACGUACAGUUCGCUCAGUCAGUUGUCACACACACACACUAAAGUGCCGCUACGCGGUUGGCAUGUACAACAAGACAGCGUGACCGACUGCUCGGUCGUCGCAAGUCUGGCUUGUUGCGCAGAGUAUAAUUAUCGCUGGCAAAAGUCGCUCUUGCAAGACCAGGUCUUCAAGCGCCCGGGUGGUCUAUACGAUGUACGUCUAUUUCUCAAUGGACUUUGGCGCUGCGUCACCAUCAACGACCAAAUGCCAUGCUCGGGUGACGGUACUCUUCUCUGCGCACAAGCAAGUAGCGAGACCUGGCCCACCCUGAUGGAGAAAGCCUAUCUCUCGACUCAACCGGGAGGCUACGAAUUUGCAGGCAGCAACUCAAACAUCGAUCUAACGGCGCUUUUGGGCUGGAUCCCAGAGCGUUUCGUUCUUUCUGCUGCCGACUUUCGACCCGAGUCGACUUGGAAGCGAUUACUCUCUGGCUUUGAGCGAGGAACCUGUCUCAUUACAGCAGGCACAGGCAAGACUGUACCCGAGUAUGACGUUCAAGUAUUGACGGCUCAGCAUGACUAUUCUGUCUUCUCCCUCGACGACCGGGACGGCCAGAGACAAGUGACCCUUUACAAUCCCUGGAGAACAACAGCAGACAGCGAGCUUGAUCGAUGCUUUACAAUGUCGUUCGAGGACGUCUGUGCUUACUUUGACGUCAUCUAUGUGAACUGGCGACCAGACGAAAGCCUAUAUCUGAACACGGUUCAUCUGACGCUCACGCCGAAAGAGCACCUCACUCGGCUUUACCUCCAGCCAGAGUCCCAGACGAUGAACCCGGGUAGCAUUACAGUCGUCUACCUACGUCACCGAAAGGAAUCAGAUCCGCCGCAGCCGCCCUUUGCAAGCGUUGGCUUGCUGAGCGAGCAGCAGGCAGUGCGUGAUCUGGCAGCUCGCGAAUAUACAGAUAGUCCUGUCCUUUGCUGUCAUACACACGACAGCACCCCCGAGCCUAUGCUCGUCUUGCUGUCUCAUGCAGAAGUCACGACGGUGUUAACAUUGACCCUCCAAGUCUACAGCGCUUUCAAGCUCAGUAUCGUCGAUCGACCGCCUGACAAGCCGAUUACAAGUAGCGUCGACGGCGCUUGGGAAGGUCUCACUGCGGGCGGCAAUCCUGAGUAUCCUACAUGGAUGAACAAUCCACAAUAUAGCUUGCGCAUACAGGAGAAAAAGAGUUGCGACUUCUGCUUCUCCCUCAGGGCUCCUCGCGCCAAUGCUGUACACAUCGUACUCGCCAGACACAAAGGCGACAGAAUCACAGAACUCACUCCAGACAUCGUUGUGGCCGACUCUGGCGCUUACCAACACGGUAUAGCGCUCUGUGAAAAGAGCGAUCUGCGGCCAGGCUCCUAUGCGCUCAUCGUAUCAACUUUCGGCCAGGGUCAAGAGGCAUCGUUCGAAAUUACUGUAGAAGGCACCGUCUCGUGUGAGCUCGUACCAAUCCCUCGCGAAGGAGCGGGAAUGUUCUCGCGUUCCUUCGUCUCGCGUUGGGCAGAUCGACCGCGAUAUCGCCUGAAGAUACUACAGCCAACGUCAGUGCUGUUACGUACGCAAGCAAACGAUACAAAGUCAAGUACAGGUAUCAGCAUGCAGCUCAUAGAUCACCGGGGCUCGGAAUGUGCGACCGCUCGCGCUUCGAGUGGCCCUAGCGGCGCAAGUCUCGAGAAGCAACUUCAACCGGGAGAAUACACUCUUCUGCCAUUGUGUCGGCGAGCAGACGGACAAUUCAAGCUAUACGUGUAUUCGAACAAGCAGAUCAAUGCUGCUAUGUUGUGA